GACUAGAGGCAUGCACACUCUUAUUCGGGAUACAGAACUAUCCAAGCAUGACUUUGUUUUUUAUUCAGAUCGGCUAAUUCGUUUGGUAAUGGAACAUGGUCUUUGUUACUUGCCAUUUACAGAAAAACAAGUUAUCACACCUACAGGAUCAAUUUAUAUUGGAGUUGAUUUUUGUAAGAAACUGGGUGGAGUAUCUAUUAUUCGAAGUGGUGAAAGCAUGGAAAAUGCUUUGCGUGCAUGCUAUAAAGGAAUAAAAAUAGGAAAAAUUCUCAUCCACCGUGGAGGUGAUGAAACUCAGCUUAUUUAUGAGAAGCUCCCUAAAGACAUUUCAAAGAGACAUGUUCUUCUCAUGGACCCAGUACUUGGCACAGGUAACUCUGCGAGCCAACAAUCGAGCUUCUUAUUAAGAAAGGAGUUCCAGAGUCCCAGAUAAUAUUCCUUAACCUUGUCAAUCUAGAGUCCAAUUGCCAAGCCUCGGAGGCGGCCGAGCUUGUUGGUUUCCCUGCUGAAGUUCCACGAUGAACUUCUCCGCCAAUUCAUGGCGUUUGUAGGGGAAAUAAAGCCUCGAUAUACAAAUAUCGACUUUCGAUGUUGCCGGCAAAGAAUGCCAGCAUGUUUCUCAGUCUUCGGGUAUCAAACCUCGGCCAAGCGUUAGCCGUCUUUCUUGUUUCUAUUGCUUUCAAGAUUUGAUAAUGUGAUGAAAAGGAUGAAGUGAAUCGAUUUCUUGUAUAGAACAGCAAGCAUAAGGAAUAGAAAUACGGAUUCUCUCAUCAUCCGUAGCAAAUACUAGCAUUUCAAAUACGGAAUUUUUUUUUAUUAAAAAAUGAU